AUGCCAGUUCCAAACGCUAAACAGUUGCAUUAUAUCAACUUCUCAACCACAACAGCUUGUUUUAUUGGUUUCGCUUUGUCUCUUUAUUCAUUACUUGUUGAGAUAAAUAUUGAAAGAAAUCCAACUUAUACUCCUAUGUGUGACAUUAGUCCGUCUAUGAGUUGUACUAAGGCUUUUGGUUCUCAGUAUGGAAAAGGGUUUGGUAUCAUUGGAAAAUUGUUGGGUGAAAAACAUGGUCUUAAUCAACCUAACAGUCUGUAUGGAAUGGCUUUUUACACAUUAUGUUUUUUCAUCACUAUGGUUGACAUGCGGACUGCAGUUAAUAUAAUGAUUGGACUAGCGAUACUUUCCAAUUUGGCCUCACUGUACCUUGCAUCACUUUUAAUUUUUGUAUUACAAGACUUUUGUAUCGUGUGUGUGUCCACGUACUUUGUAAAUGCUACCUUGCUAUUCUUGUCAAUGUAUAAAAAACGUGUGCUUUUUGGUGCUUCUAAUAUUAAAAGUGAAAAAUCUAGCCAUGCCAAGGAAGAUUAA